AUGGAAGCCCUAGUCUACGACGAGUCACCGCUCGCUGAAAUCCUCGAAGGUGACGCUUCACCACAUUACGAAUCAGAGCCAGGAUCGCCCAUCUACACAAGUGCUCCGCAAUAUGCGCCUCGAGGUCUACCGCGGUUGCGCGACAAGUUGCGUUACAUCAGCCGAACAGCCCGAUCCGUAACAGAUGCCUCCGGCGAUCGGUUUCUAGAGAAGUUCAGAUACAGCAUCGUCGCCUCGCAGCUCCUUUCCGAAGACCCCAAGAGUCGACAGCAUACCUCUGUUCCGCCAGAUACACAGGCAAUACCCCUAUCUGUUCGUGGUGCAGCAACCACAACACUCCUAUCCUUUGCAACAGCAUGGCUGCUCCAUUGGCUGCUGCAACGACUACAAGACCCCUUGUCCGUUACGUGGACCGAAACAUGGCUAUACAUACUUUCAAGUGCUUGCGUUAUGGCCUUAAUCGUCUAUGUCGCAAGGAGACAGUAUCUGAAGUUCGUGCGCCAAACAUCCGCUUUGUUUUGCUCAAAACUCGUCAGUGAAAGUCAGACCUUUGAUGAGUCUGCUGGGCAAGCAAUACGACUCAUUCAAGAGAUCGAAGUUGUGGCGCGGGGUUACGAGAUCAGCAGCCCUCUACCACCCGUUAGUCGCUUAGACGGCCACUAUGCGGAGUUGCAGUGUCGAGAACUACGGAGAGUGGUGGCCAAAUCUUUGGGGACCGGCAUCACGCAGUUCAUUCACUUCCAUAACGAAUUGCAGCCGCUAACGAAUGUGGACGACUUGGGCGGCUAUUAUCAUAUCUACGAUCUCUCGCCCGACGAUUUCACGGGUGCGGUUGGAUUUGCCAACGACUUGUCCACAGAAGCCCAAGAAUCACUCAAACAGUUGAGAUUUCUCUUCCAGCUUCACACGGUUGCGAGAAAGUUCUUCUUGAUCGAUCUCAUGGCACUACGAACCAAGCCAUCCUGGUCUGACGUUCAUCAGUGGCGUAAAGUGUCUCGAAUUGCGUCGAGCCUGGCAGACGACACACAGCUGGCUUCGAGGCAAAUCGAGGAGCUAAUUAACGAGGACGAUGUGCAUUCCCAGUACGGCAGUGAUUUUGUCGCCAGUCCAGUUCGGCAAGACUUUGUGACGCCAGAGAAGCAGCAAUCGAAGGCUCAGGUCAGACGCUUCGAGGCUGUUGGCAACGGCAUUCGCGCACUGAAUGCCAAAGCCCGCAUUGGUCGCGACGAUAUAACGGAUCUGAUCUCUAACGGCGCUGGGGACAGGGUCAUCAACGCGACCAUAGCCAAGCACUAUGAGGCAAUCGGUUCGGAGAUAAGGACCCUUCUUGACGAAUGGGAGCAUGGCCGGCCGACAAUGUUGCUCAAUGUCGCCUCCGGUGGGAGAGAUACUCGCCUAUCCAAUGUUCCACGAUCUCCUUUGUCGCCAUCUCCCAGCCUUGGCGGCAUGACCAUGGUGGAAGGGGGUGGGCCAGCCGAUGCUCUAAGACUGCUCAAUGGCGAGAGCGAAAGUGAACACGGCACCGACAGUGGCACCAUGGACGAGCAAGUGUUUGAAGCCAUCGUUAAGCCGCAGUCUCGCAAGCGUAUGUCUCUGGGCGUCAACAUGACUCGCGAGGAGAAGAUGGCCAAGCUGCAAGAGGAGCGAAAGAAGCGAGCUACCUUUCAAGAACAAGCCGACAACACUACGAACAUGCUUCGUGAAUUGCAGAUGGUGAUCAAACACAGACCUCCGCAUCGCCAGAACAGCCGCAUUACAUCGGUCUAA